UCUUUGAUCACUACCCAGUCACCGGGCUUGAAGUGGUGUUGUGGCGCAUCAGCUGGCGUCUGCAGUACGGCUUUCACCUGAGAGUGGAUAGCUGAAAGGGAGACUGAAAGACUUAUACAGUAGUUCAACAAAAGAUAAAGCAUUUAAAAAUUCAAACCAGCAACCACACUUUCCUCGGUCACAUACUUCAGGAUACUUGCUGCAGAGCUGGCCUUCUAGGAAAGAGUUGGCAUUCCCAUGAGCAAUGGAGGAAAUCUAUGCCAAUAUUGACGUUGUCCGAACCCUAAGCUCAAAAUCAUCAACAAUACAAGAAGGUCCCAGGAGAUUUUUCAGAGCGUCUGUUCUCGGUCUGGGGCUGCUGAGUGUUUUCCUGCUGGCUGGACUCAUCGUCCUCGCUGUCCACUACCACGACGUGACUGAAGAGAGAGACCGACUGAAGGCCAGCCUCACCGAAAAGACCAGUGAGGUGCUCAGGCUUCAGUGUUUGAUGGACAAGAGACCUAUACCAACUCCACCUCCACCAAAUCCUCCAGUGAGGCUGGUCGGAUCCACCAACUCCUGCUCCGGCAGAGUGGAGAUCUUUCACAACGGCGCGUGGGGAACAGUGUGUGACGACAAUUGGGAUCUGAACGAUGCUCAUGUGGUUUGUGGACAGCUGGAUUGUGGCCGAGCUGUAGAAGCAAAACAAGGGUCACAUUUUGGACAGGGAACUGGAUCCAUUUUGUUAGACGAUCUUCAGUGUUCAGGGAACGAGAUAUCACUUUAGGACUGUGUUCAUUUGGGAAUAGGAUCCCACAACUGUGCUCACAGUGAAGAUGCUGGUGUCAUUUGUGAAGCACUGUAGAAGAAGGACAUAUCGCUCCGUUGAAAACCAAGAUCAGCUCCAUCCCGUCACCAUUGGACCAAUCACGUUUGAGUAAAAUAUAGUUUGGUAACGUGGAAGAUAUAAACUGAAGUUACAUUUCCUUUUUCCUUUUCAUUUUGGACCUUAGGGGAUAAUUAUAAAAUGUUAAUUGAGUGAGCCGAUAGCCACGAUUUGAUUAUGUAUUAAUCACCGAUGUAUGAUUUAAAUCUUAUUUAAUCGAACGUAGAAGUAGUAUUACUAAUUAUAUAAUCAAUAGAUGUAACCCCUGAUUUUGAUUUAUUCAUUUGUUCAUAGAGGAUAAUCUUUGUACCAUGACUAGCCGUCUGUCUUUCUGCUCGUAAUGUGUUUCCUGCCAAAUCAUUUUAAGACUUUUGCAGUUUUACAACAAUAUAAUCUUUUUACUUCGAUCACCAGUGUGUAUGUGAUAUAAUAAAUGUAUUCUAAUGACCUGAGUGUUAAGGUAACUCAUCUACGACACACCCUCUGAUGUCCUACCUGUCACUGCAUUGUGUAGGCUAUGAUUAAAGAUGGUUCUGU